AUGGCAUCGGCAAUGGAAGAGCCCGUGAGGCUCCUAUGCAUCAUCCCUAUAUCAACAACAGGCAUGACGGACGACCUCACGCGUAUAUAUCCCUCCACGGCAACCCUCCAAAUCACUUUCAUAGACGGCCGCGACCUCGAUGACUGCCCCCCGUGCAUCGAGAACCAUGCACAGGCCAAAUUCUCAACCAACGCUGUCCUCCCCCGUGCCAUAGAGUACAUCUCCACACACAGUCCGCACGCCGUUCUCGUCUGCUGUUUCUCAGACCACCCACUAGUAUACGCCCUUCAGGAGCGCGUCGGUGACACGGUUCCCGCCACGGGAAUAUUCCAAGCCGCGUUGCAGGAAGCCACAGCAAGUGGAGGCAAGUUCGGCAUUGUGACAGCGGCGACCUCAUGGGAAAAGCCGUUGACAGACUCUGUCGAUGACCUCGGUUUCGGGGGAUAUUCAACGGGCGUCGUGGCGACCGGCUUGAGUCCACUUGAGCUGGAGAGCUUGGAUCGGGGUAUCGUCAUUGACCGCAUUGCUACAUUUUCGAAGCCCUUGAUUGACGCUGGCGCCGAGAGCAUCAUCCUCGGCUGUGCGGGAAUGGCGGCACUGGAAGAGGAUAUACUUUCGGCUCUCCCGCCUUCGGUCAAGACGAUUGAUGGUGUUCGUUCAGGGAUGACGAUUUUGUCGCGACGGUUUGAGGAGGCGGCUUUUACCAAACCAGCGCUUUCUCUCCUUGACGAUACCAAGACCAACAUUGAGGUGAGCAGCACAGAAUUGACAAGGGACAGACAGCAGGUAGUAUCAAGUAGUAAGGGCACUGUAUGUAAGAUCAAGGGCUAG